AUGCUCUGCUCUAAUCGCGCAGAAGGCUUCGUACGUUCCAACUGGCUUGCCCGUGUGAAGAAGAAGAAGGAAGCACACAGACUGACCACCAGCCUAGAGCGCGCAUUCAUCUCUGCCCUCGCCAAUUCCGACGUCAUGCUUCGUCGACGUCAUCCUGGUGCCGCUGCCCGUCUGGGUCGCCCUCAUCGCGCUCGCCGCGCUGCUUCUGCUGCACCUCUUCGCCCCCGGGCUCGCCACCGGGCCUCGCGCGCGCCGGCCGUUUUCAUGGCCGUACCGGAUCACCGCCGGCAUCUACUACGUCCUCAUCCUGUGCAACGUCCUGAUGCAGACGCUCGAGAUCGUGCGGCUGUCGCUGAUCCGCUUCGGCAUCGGCCUGCUGCCGUUCGCCUACAUCGGGCUGCUCCUGGGCGCCGCGCUGCACUGGUCUGGAGGGCUGGCGGGCAGGGUCCCCGCGUGGCUGCUCGUCAACAUGGCGGUGUGGCUUGGUGGCAUGAUCGUGGCCGUGGUCAAGGCGGUCGGGCUGGAUAG